AUGCCAAUCGACGCUCGAACGUGCUACUUCCCGCACGGCAACACGGCCGCGAAUAGCUAUCCAUGCACCUCCGACGAUACCACAUUUUGCUGCGGCAAGGACAACAUCUGUCUAUCGAACGGAUACUGCCUGGAUACCGUUCAACCAUUCGUUCUCUCGCGAGGGUCCUGCACAAGCCAAAACUGGGGCGCUGGAUGUCCGACCCACUGCCAGGAUACCUUCGAUGACAAAGGCGCGUCGAUUAUUAACUUGUCCUUCAUCAAUGGCACCUCUAAAUACUGCUGUGGCACACCCGUGAUCAAUGGAAGCGAAAUCGUGUGUCCAUUCGAGAAGGACAGCUUCGAAAUCGACGACGGCGAAAUCCUUGCUGGACACACUGCCCUCCAGAACGUCACUUCAUUAUCUGCAUCGUCGAAUUCCUCCAACUCCUCGGGCAUCUGCCCAACAGCCACUUCAAGCCCCUCCUCGAGCGGGUCACACGAUGUGGCCAUCGGGGCUGGACUGGGUGUUCCACUGGGACUUGUCGCGCUGGGGUCGUUGGUAUGGGCAUUCAUGGAAAGGAGGAGAGCAAAUCGACUGAGCAAGGCCAUGGCUAAUUCCACUGCUCCGGGCCCAAGCUUCAAUGGUGCACCUGUCGCUGUCGAGGCGCCUUCUGGGAAGGCCGCUUCUAGGCCCUCGGAGCUGGAUAGCCGAGGGACUGGCCACAUGCCAGAGCUGGAGGCAAGGGGGUGA